UCCUGAAGGGAUAGACAUGUCCUGACCCUCCCAGAGUUUACCCAUCUUUCCUUUCUCACAUCUGUUUUCAGGUUCUAUGAGCUGCGAGUCCCAGGACGUCAGGCACUGGCAGGGGUGGUGCAUAGUGCCUGGUUCAAGCAGAGUUAUGACAGGAAGGAAACCAGCCAGUGGACUGAAGCAUUGUGAUUUUCCUCCUCAAGAUCCGACAGUCCUUUGGGGAAAAUGUGGUCAAGGAAUCUUAUGGCAAGGGCAUUAUAUGACAAUGUCCCAGAGUGUGCUGAAGAGCUGGCCUUCCGUAAGGGAGAUAUCCUGACUGUCAUAGAGCAGAAUACUGGGGGACUAGAAGGAUGGUGGCUGUGCUCUCUACACGGUCGUCAAGGCAUUGUCCCAGGAAACCGAGUGAAGCUUCUGAUUGGUCCUGUGCAGGAGAACCCAUCCAGUCUUGACCAGCCUACUUCUGGGCCAGGGCACCAGACUUUGGGCCAACAGAGGCUCUAUCAAGUGCCAAACUCACAGGCAGCAUCUCGUGACACCAUUUACCAAGUGCCACCUUCCUACCAGAAUCAGGGAAUUUACCAGGUACCUACUGGCCAUGGUACCCAAGAGCAAGAUGUUUAUCAAGUGCCACCAUCAGUACAAAGGAGCAUUGGAGGCACCAAUGGUCCCCACUUAAGUAAAAAGGUGGUCACCCCGGUGCGGACAGGCCAUGGCUACGUGUACGAGUACCCAUCCAGAUACCAAAAGGAUGUCUACGAUGUCCCUCCUUCCCACGCCACUCAAGGGGUAUAUGACAUCCCUCCUUCAUCAGUGAAAGGCCCAGUGGGAGAGAUAAAACCUCAAGGGGUAUAUGACAUCCCCCCAACUAAAGGAGUCUAUGCCAUUCCACCAACUGCCUGCCGAGAUGAAGCAGGCCUUCGGGAAAAGGAAUACGACUUUCCUCCUCCAAUGAGACAACCUGGAAGGCCAGACAUGAGACCUGAGGGGGUUUAUGACAUCCCCCCAACCAGCACCAAGCCAAUGGAGAAGGACCUUCACACUAAAUGCAACUGUGAUGUUUCAGGAGCCACUGAAUCUGUGGCUCGAAGGCACCAGACCCUGUCCCUUCAUCAUUCGCCCCCACAGCUGGCUCCAUCCUCAGACACUCCGAGUGAUGCCUAUGAUGUCCCCCGUGGGGUCCAGUUUCUGGAACCACCCACAGAAAGCCAUGAGAAAACACACCCCCAGGAAAGAGAUGGUGUUUAUGAUGUCCCUCUUCAUAACCCAGCAGAUACUAAGGGCUCUCGGGAUGUGGUCGAUGGAAUAAACCGACUGUCUUUCUCCAGUACAGGCAGCACCAGGAGUAAUAUGUCUACAUCUUCCACCUCUUCAAAGGAGUCCUCCCUGUCAGCCUCCCCAUCUCAGGACAAAAGGCUCUUACUGGAUCCAGAUACAGCCAUUGAGAGGCUCCAUCGGCUCCAGCAGGCCCUGGAGAUGGGUGUGUGUAGCCUUAUGGGACUGGUCACCACAGACUGGAGAUGCUAUGGAUACAUGGAACGACACAUCAACGAGAUACGCAAUGCAGUAGACAAGGUAGAACUGUUUCUGAGGGAGUACCUCCAUUUUGCCAAGGGUGCUGUAGCAAAUGCCUCCUGCCUCCCAGAACUCAUCCUCCAUAACAAAAUGAAGCGAGAGCUCCAAAGAGUCGAGGACUCUCAUCAGAUUCUAAGCCAAACCAGCCAUGACUUAAAUGAACGCAGCUGGUCUCUGAAUAUACUUGCCAUCAACAAGCCCCAGAACAAGUGUGAUGAUCUGGACCGGUUUGUAAUGGUGGCCAAGACAGUGCCCGAUGAUGCCAAGCAACUGACCACCACCAUCAACACCAAUGCUGAGGCCCUCUUCAGACCAGGCCCCGGCAGUUGGCAUCAGAAAAAUGGGCCUGAGAACCUCAUCAACUCACCCGAGUACACACACCCUGCGUCCCAGAUGCAGCUGCUGCAGCCUGGUGACUAUAAGACCCAGGCCCACAACAAACAACUGACCUCUGCUCUGGGCAAGGAGCAGCCACCCGACUAUGGUAGCAGCGAUGGCUCAGAAAGAAGCUGGAUGGAUGAUUAUGAUUAUGUCCACCUACAGGGUAAGGAAGAAUUUGAGCGGCAACAGAAGGAGCUAUUAGAAAAAGAGAACAUCAUCAAACAGAGCAAGAUGCAGCUGGAACAUCAUCAGCUGAGUCAGUUCCAGCUAUUGGAACAAGAAAUUACGAAGCCAGUAGAGAAUGAUAUCUCCAAGUGGAAGCCCCCUCAGAACCUCCCCACCACAAACAGCACUGUGGGGGCCCAGGAUCGGCAGUUGCUUUGCUUCUACUAUGACCAGUGUGAGACUCAUUUCAUAUCACUUCUCAAUGCCAUUGAUGCUCUCUUCAGCUGUGUCAGUUCAGCUCAGCCUCCCCGGAUCUUUGUGGCUCACAGCAAGUUUGUCAUCCUCAGUGCACACAAACUGGUGUUCAUUGGAGAUACCUUGACAAGGCAGGUGGCUGCCCAGGAUAUCCGCAACAAAGUCAUGAACUCCAGUAACCAGCUCUGUGAACAGCUCAAGACCAUAGUAAUGGCAACCAAGAUGGCAGCCCUCCAUUACCCCAGCACUACAGCCCUGCAGGAAAUGGUGCAUCAAGUAACUGACCUGUCCAGAAAUGCUCAGCUCUUCAAGCGUUCCUUGCUGGAGAUGGCCACAUUCUGAGGGGGAAAAAAAGGACCAGGAGGGGACUGAACGAAUGAUUAUUACGGAAAACUGGAAAUACUAUCUGGUUUUUGUAAAUAUUAUCUAUUUUUGUAGAUUAUUUUAUAUGAAAAUGGAAUAUUUUAACAUUUUAUGCAUUAGACAACUUUCAGAAAAUUCAGGGAGCUAGAGAGGGAAAUCAUUUAUUUUUCCCUGUGUGGUUCUUAUGUAUACAUAUAAGUAUCUAAGACAUAAGCUGUAUAGAUAUUUGUCCAUGUGUUGUGGGUUCAUGUUUGUUUGUAGAUGUUUGUCUGAUACAUUCCAUUUGAAAAAAAAUAACAUGAAUUAAAAAGCACCUUAGUAAGUACCUCCAAAUGCUGCAUUUUGGGGAUUUUUUUAGAAAAAUAUACCAGCUGUUUGUAAUAUUGCUCUACAUGCUUUCGUGAUGAUCUGAGCCUGGCACACCCAAAUCUGGGAAACAUAGUAUGUUUGCCAAUGUUCGCCUCCCACACAAUGAGGCAUGGUAUGGCUUAUUCAUGUUUGGAAACUUCUUUCAAAACUGACUGUCUUGAACACAUUCUAACAAAAUGUUCCAUUUAUGGUUGAAAAAGUUCUUUUGGAGAGCAAGUUUCAAAAAGUCUACAUUAACCCAAGUUCCAGAGUGUCAGGUGCCAGGAAGAAAGAGGGGCACAAGCACUCUACUAAGAAGCUACAUCCAUAUUUGAUUAAAAUGGGGUUAUUUUAACACUUGACAGCUACAGUAAAAUGAAAUUAGUUUCCCUGGGGCUACUGGAUCUGGGUUUGUGAGUGAUUCAAACAUGAGACUUU